CCACUUCCUCGCCUGUCCCCCAUUCCAAAACCCUAGCCUCCCAACCCUAAGGUCCCCUUCCCUUCCCCCUCCCCACGGCCGCCAUGACCUCCGCCGUCGCCGCUGCUCGUCCUCUCGUCACCGUCCAGCCCCUCGAGGGCGACAUGGCCACCGACGGAUCCAACUCCGUCUCCCUCCCCGACGUCCUCAAGGCCUCGAUCCGUCCUGACAUCGUCCGCUUCGUUCACGCCAACCUCUCCAAGAACCGCCGCCAGCCCUACGCCGUCUCCAAGCGCGCCGGCCAUCAGACCUCCGCCGAGUCCUGGGGCACCGGCCGCGCCGUGUCGCGUAUCCCCCGCGUCCCUGGUGGCGGCACCCAUCGCGCCGGCCAGGGAGCCUUCGGCAACAUGGUUCGUGGCGGGCGCAUGUUCGCACCCACCAAGAUCUGGCGCCGCUGGCACCGCCGCGUCAACGUCAACCAGCGCCGUUUCGCCGUCGUCUCCGCCCUCGCCGCUUCCGCUGUCCCCUCCCUCGUCAUGGCCCGUGGCCACCGCAUUGAGUCCGUCCCCGAGCUCCCGCUCGUCAUCUCUGACUCCAUCGAGGCCGUCGAGAAGACCUCCUCCGCCAUCAGGAUCCUCAAGCAGAUUGGCGCCUUCCCCGACGCCGAGAAGGCAAAAGACUCCCACCAGAUUCGCCCCGGCAAGGGUAAGAUGCGUAACCGCCGCUAUAUCUCCCGCAAGGGCCCCCUCAUCGUGUACGGCACCGAGGGGUCUAAGCUUGUCAAGGCCUUUCGCAACAUCCCCGGCGUCGACGUCGCCAACGUCGAGCGCCUCAACCUCCUGAAGCUCGCCCCCGGAGGGCACCUCGGAAGGUUCGUCAUCUGGACCAAGUCUGCCUUCGAGAAGCUUGACUCGGUGUUCGGGACCUUUGAGAAACCCUCCGAGAAGAAGAAUGGCUACGUCCUGCCCAGGCCCAAGAUGACUAAUGCCGAUCUGGGCAGGAUCAUCAACUCCGACGAAGUACAGUCGGUGGUGAGGCCUAUCAAUAAGGAGGUGAAGCGCCGCUCACUAAAGAAGAACCCGCUGAGAAAUCUGAACACUCUUCUGAAGCUGAAUCCUUAUGCCAAGACUGCCAGGAGGAUGUCUCUUCUUGCUGAGGCACAGCGUGUCAAGGCCAAGAAGGAGAAGCUUGACAAAAAGAGGACCCAGCUCCCUAAGGAAGAAGCUGCUAAAAUCAAGGCUGCUGGGAGGGCCUGGUACAAGACGAUGAUCUCAGACAGUGACUAUACUGAAUUUGAGAACUUCUCUAAGUGGCUAGGUGUUACUCAGUGAGCAGUGCUAGUCGUCGUUAGUUUUUUAUUUUUAGUACAACCUUGUUGGAAUUUUCCAUCGGAUAUUGUUUUUUGUUUUAAUUUGUGUUCUGCGUUUGAGAAAAGGUCGUUUGCUAAGAAGUAAGAACUCUAUUAAGACUUGUGGGGAUGCCUUGUGACCUUACCCUAUUUUGUUUGCUUGACAGGAAAGUUAGGGUUCAUGAAUUUAAUUGAAUGUAUGGCUUAUUGGUACUUUCUUAA